AUGAUCACAGCCAAGUACGUAUUGUUCACACCCGUUAGACGUACAAGACUCAAGUGUCACAGGCUUCAACCUGAACAGCAUCAGUCGCACCAAGCAUUGUCCCCAAUGGCGAUCAAGCAGGUGCGAGACGUCAUGCAGGAAACUGUUUUAGGGAUUACCUUAGUCGACUCCAUCGGGAACUACGUAUCGAUACCGAUGAAUUUCUCCCGCACUUAUGAGAUAUAUUUCAAGAACCAGAAACCUCCAGGCAGGUAUUUAGUCGAACAAGGAGAAUAUGAACUUGUAACCGGAGAUAACAAGAUGAUCGUGAGACCAGAUACGUGGAUGAACGUAGCACAACCUGGGCUUCGAGUGGAAAUGAGUAUGAUUCGACGAUCAAAUGCGGGGUCGUUGCUGCAUUGUCCCGGACUUGACACGUCUGGUGUUUUGGGACGUGUCAUAACUCUGUUUGACAAACAACCCCACCUCAUACUCGGUUUCAACACCUUUUGUCCUGUAGGAUGGGGGAUUGAGCUAAGCCCUACUGGGGGAAACCAGUACAUAGUAAUAACGCCGACAGGACGAGUGGUUGUCAGUCCUGUCAGUCAUCGUGUAGCCAUUGAAGAGGACAAUGAAUUAGCCUGA